AUGCUUGAUGAAUCACUCUUUAAAGGUGGAAUUUCAGGACACGUAGUAGUUAUGAUUGAAUUAGAAAAUGAUAUACUAACGGGUGAAGAAAAACCAUUGGAGAUGCUCAGUGAAAUUAAAAAUGAUAAUACAAGUGUCAUGUAUGUUGGAGAUCCCAAUAAAUUUGCAUCUCAUGAAUAUAAGCAGGAAACUAAUAGCAGUUCUAAUCUGAUUGGGACAGCAACAGAAACAUAUAAAAAUAGCUCUGAAUGUGAUAUUACUCUUAACAAGUUUGAAAGUGUAAUUAGUGGAACCUCGACCUCUCAAUCGAUGAAUAAUGCAUUAAAAAACCAACAAAUUGUACUUGCAUCGGACAAUCCUCUCAUGGCGAAAAUUCAAAAUUUAUUGAAGUUACAGUUGUUGAAACAAGCGGAAAAUAUUAAAAAAGAAAUACUAACUCUUAGUAUGGUCGUUAAAACAAAAGAGAAAGAAAAUUCUUCGACCAUCAAUCUGAUAAAUAUUGCAAACAGUCGAGUUAAAGCACAGCAAACCCUAUUGAAUGAUUUCCACCGAAUGAAAGAGGAAUUGGGAACAGCAAACGAAAAGUUGGAAAAAAAUAUCGAACAACAAAAACAACGUCACAAAGAUAUUUUGGCAAAAACCGCAGAUAAAGAGAAAAAACUUUCGGUUUUAAAAAGACAGUUAGAAUAUAGUCGUAGAUUUCUGAACGAGCUUUCCAAGCAUGAAAAAGAACAGGAAAUUAUAUUUAAUAUGUGUAAUCAAAACAAAUAUCAAGCAAAACAGUAUAAGAAAAAAUUAUUAAGCAACCAGCAAAAACAGGAUUUGUUAUUAUUGUCUCUAACUCAAGAAAAUCUUCGAUUGGAAGAUCGUAUUAAAGAAGCAGGCGAACAAGCAGAGGCAAAGAUUAAUGAAACCGAACUGCUGAGACAAAAAGUUAUGGACAGUUCAAUAAGCCUUGAUGCUAUUAAUAAAGAUAAUGCCAAGUACACAUUGUUGUGGAAUGAAGUUAUAAUAUCUAUUGAACAAUGUGAAAAACGUUCUCAGACAAAAAUUAGAGACUUACAAGAAGAGAAAAAUAAAUAUCAUAUAUUAUUAACAGAAUACUACAGCUACAAACGCAGUUCACAAGCCGAAUGUAAUAAAAACGAUGAACUACUCCAUUUUUUAAAUAAAAUUACCCAAAAUCAAAUAAAUUUACAAAAUGGAUUUAAAACAUGUUUAGAAAAUUUUAAUUAUUUGAGGGAUAAGUAUUUUAAUAUAUUAAAAAUGACAGAAAUCCAAAAUGAAAACUUAGAUGAAGUGAUAUUUGAACAAAAAUCUAUUCAAAGUGAACUAAAUAAAUUAUUACGUUUACAAAACAACAUAUCAAAUCAAAAAUUAGCAUAUGAAGAUCAAAUUUUAGAGGAAUUUAACAAUAAAUCAAUUACCGACAAUUAUUGUCAAAAAAUGAAAAGCAAUAUUUUAGAACUUAAAAAAAAUAAUGAUGAGAAUGAGUCAGUGUUAGUUAAAAUUGAGAACGAUAUGUGUGUAGAACAAAUAAAACUAAAACAACAUCAAACUACAACGUAUAAUUUAGAGAAACAAAUAAAAGAACUCACUACAGAUCUUAACCACCAAGAUGUGUACAUUUCUUCAUUGGAAUCUGAACUGAAGAAACUAUACUCAGAUAUUCAAAUGAAAUCAAUGAUGAUUGAAUCGGAACUUAAAGAAUUAGAAUCUUUGAAAAAAAAACAUGAAUUUGGUGACGUUAUGACUCCACAAAUGCAAAUUGAUCACGUCAGAAGUAAAAUUAAUGAUGUAGAAAAUGAAACCAAUGUCAUAAAACAUUAUUGCAUUAAAAACCAAAAUACAAAUGUACAAUUAUUGGAUGAAAAAAAUAAACAAAUUAUUGAACUUAAUAUGAUGCGUGAUUAUGAUACGCAAAAUUAUAAAAAAAAUAGAAAACUCGAUCUCGAAAUUGUUUCUUUAUCCAAAGAAGUCGAACAGUAUAAACGAACACUUACAAACAUGAGAAAUGAAGUUGUGAAGUAUAAUGAAGAUUUUUGCAAAAAUAAAGGGAAAAGUAGUAAACUAUUGAAUGAAAAUGAAUGGAUACAAAGUUCUGCUUUGGUUGAAUUAAAGGAAAAUGAAAAACAGUGUUUGGAAUAUAUAGACCAUUUGAAAUUGUUGAAAAAUGAAUUAAACGAAAUGAAGAAAACAUACAUUGAGAAACAACGUGAAAGUAAAUCGUGGGAAGCCAAUGUCCAGUCACUUAUCGAAAUGAAAGCAGAACUUAAGAAUAAACAAGGUGUUUUUGGCGACAUUGAUGCCAUGCAAAAGGAAAUACAUAAAAUGGUGAUAACGGAAAGUAGAUUGAAAAAAAUAUUGGAAAAAAUAAUGUUGGAUUUAGAAAAAUGUAUAUUGAGACGGGAAACGAUUUACAAUUCAUUUGCAUCAAAGAAGAAGUAUUCAAGCGAUAAAAAUGUUACCAAACAAAAACUGUUGAAGAUUCUCGAUGACUUGCGAAUAAUGAUAAGAAAAAUGAAAACUAAAUGUAAAAAAAUUGACAAAGAUAUAAGUGUUGCACAAAAUCAGAAAAUGGAAUUGGAGUGUAAACUUACACAUUUACGAGAUAAAUUUAUAAACGUUGAACAAAAUACUAAUGAUUUAACAAAAACUAUUGAAGAUAUGAAUGCUUUAAAACUUAAAGAAUUUUAUAAAUUAAACUACAAGCAAAAUCAUAUUAAAUUCUUGGAUGAUGUAAGAAAAGAAAAAUACCGUUUGCUGAUAAAAAGUGAACUAAAAAUGAACGAAGCAAUUACAGCCCAGGGGUCAACAAAUUCCAACUUAAUAAGUGUUGUGGAAGAUUUAAAAAAUGAUUUUCCAUACUUGGAUGUAGAAUUGACACGUUUGUUAUUUACUCUUAAGUCUAUUGAUAAUUAUAAAAGGCCAUUAAAAAAGUGA